UAGGUUUAUCGGAUAAAAAUGUGUUAAUCAAACGAUAACCCGAACAACAAAACAUGUUAAUUACCUAAUGAGAGUGUUAAGUGUUAACUGUUAAGACGUCUUCUUAUUUUCAUUUUUUCGUUCACAAAAUCGAUAUAAUUAUUUUAAUUCAAAUGAUUUUCACAGAGUCAAACGUAUUACGCAUCGGAUGUCGCGACGUUUUAAGUCGAUGGCGAACGCUGUUGUAGUCGGCGUCGUCGUCAUCUAAAACAUGAUAUUACAUCAAAUCUGAUCGCAAAUAUAUUUGUGAAGUCAACGUUAUGACUCUUGUGUUUCCACAAAUACAUCAAUAAUUACAACAAAAUUCAUCUUCUGAGCUGUUUUUUGUUCAAUUGAAAUCUCUUCAUGAAAUUAAAUCCUCUUCACUGCUGUUAUUGAAUUAACAAUGAGCGGAGUGCAGUUCAGAGAAAUCCACAAAAACUCGUGGUUGAGAAAACUACCGGCUGGCGUUGACAAAAAGUCGGCUCUGAAACUGACUGGUGGACAAAAACUAUGGACUGUGUUUUGUAUACACGACGACACAGAACCAGUGUUGGAAUUUUAUGUAGACCAAAAAAAAGCAGCUGCACAUCGUCCAGAUAAUACCAUACCACUAACAGAUACCGUCCAUGUUUCUGCUACUAUAUGUCCCUUGCCAGUGAUGGCAGGUGAUCAUCAACAACAGUACCAGUAUGAAUUUGUAAUAACCCUCUCCUCAGAUGUAGUACGUUUAGCUGCUCCUUCAUGGAAUCAGAUGAUGGAUUGGGUACAAGGGUUGGACGUGAAAUUGCGUGAAAUGCAUGUAUUAUCACCAAAAGAAAAUGUCUAUACCAAACCACCUGAGUCUAGACCCCCUCUUUUACCGACUAGAGACCCUAACUCUCCGCUGCCUCCUCCACCAUUACGUGACUUGUCAACAAAUGUUUUACCGGGUGUUGAACCCGUUGUCUCAGCAGCUCAAUUAAUAGGUACAGAUGACAGUCCUUCAGAAAUUGAACAAACUUUUUUAACUCCACCUAUUAGCCCUAAUCCAAUGAGUCCUAGUGAACCAGUGAAUAAUGUUACCAUUGUAGAAGUAAUAAAUCAUAAUCAAGUAUUCAAUUUUAAUCAAAUGGAACAAGUUAUAAACCAAACAAAUGAGCAACCAUCUCAAACAUCAUCUGAACCAUUAAUAAAUUCUCCUAGGCCUAGUAGAUCAUCAAGUUCUACAUCUGAAAAUGUUGCUUCUUCUCCAAGGCAGUCUAGUAGACACCACCAAGUUCGAAGUGCAUCAAUUUUAGAAGAAUCUGUUAGUGGUGCUAGGUCUAGUAGUCAUUCAGAAUUUAGUGAUAGAACAACACAUGUUGAAGAUAUGCCACACAGAUCUACUAGUGAAGUACCAAAUGAAGGUCAACGAAUUAAAGUUAGAAUUGCUGAACCAGAAGAUGGUUGGCAUAGAAGAAGACCAAAAAGACAAGAUGUUAUACCCCCAACAACCGACCAAGAAGUAACUAGUAAUUAUGAGCAUUUAAUAUUACCUACUGCUAUGCAGUCUAGACCACCUCCGGCCUUGUCCAAUUCAGUACCUGCAGAUAUCGCAAUAUUACCAACAAGAUCUCAACUUCCAAUUGGUCGAGGCCGUGGGGCUCGACGAAAAGUUAACGCUGAUAGUUCACAUCCUGCAUUAGGAGCUGAUAGAAUCCGUGUAGCAGUAAAUAGUAGCACACACAAUAUGUUACAGCCAGUUCCAACACCAUUUACCCCCACAGAAAACAGAGAUUUAUUCAGUCCUAGUCGGUUAACUGUUCGUGAAAAGCAAGUCCUGCAACUACGAAAAGAAAUGUCCCAUCUUGCUGGUGUGCGGUUACAAUUGAGACGUAAAGAUUGUAUUAAUACUAUUGCUUUGGUUGAUGUCUUUCAAACUGUGUGGAUUGCUGGAUGGAAACAGAAAGAACAUCCAAUGUUGCAUAAUGCUUUACAUUUAGGCGAUCAAUUGUUGAGUGUUGCUGGAAAACCUGUAUCAUGUUCAACAGAUGCUCAUAAAUUAAUAAGAGCAUGGCCAAGUCUUUAUGUUGAAUUAAUUAUCAGGCGUGUACCUUGUGGACGAGUAUUUGUAGUACGUCGAAAAGAGCAAGGCCAGGACCUUGGAAUCAUCCAAGAAGGAGGUACAGCCGAAAUUAAAGAUAUACUGCCGAAUAGUUUAGCUGCUGCCCACGGCUUAUCAUCUCGCACACCUACUUUAGAUGGGUUGUCAUUUACUUCUUGGACACUAACAGAGAUCAAUUCUCGCCCAUUAAACUUAUUGUUUAAAGAAACUGAAGUUAGAGACCGUCUGAAUGCAGUUGGAUUAGACAUAUCAUUAUUAGUCCAACCAACUGAUCUUAUAUCAGCACUACGCAAACAGCUGAAGUCCUUAAAAUCAUUCAAAGACUUUUUGUUGGUAUAAAGUUCACAACAAUUACUGGAGAAGAUCACAAAUGCAGGGUCAAUGCAGAAGAAAUAUUUAUUAUAUAUUAUAUUGAAUAAGAAAUAUCAAAAUAUAUUUUACUAUAUAGACUAAAAGUAAAUUUAUUUUUAUGACCUAUGAUUUACCAGCCUAAAUGAAAAAUGGGCUUAAGGAUUUUCACAUCAGUAUUUUUUUUAUAACAUUUAAAUUUAAAAGUUAUUGUUUUCUGUGAUAAUUUUGACAAAAAAUAUUGAUCAAAGUGUUUGAAUAUAUUAAUUAUAGUUUUAUAAUUUUAAAUGUCAGUUGGCUUAUGCUAAUAUUAAUAGCUCUAAUUGAAAACUGAAUCAUUAUUUAAUUUAAAUAUUUCGUUUGUAUUUUAAGUCAAUAUUGUAGAAUAUACUGUGUCAUGAAUGUGCAAUAUUA